AUGGAGCCACCUUCCACAUCCACUCCUCAAGCCUCAAACUCUAGUGCAAUACUUUCUCAACCUCUACCCAACCCCAAGGGUGGCAUCAACGCCGUAACCUUGAGGUCCGGAACUCAAUUGAAAGAGAAGAGCUCAAAGGUGCCUAGCCCAAUGAUAGUUGCUCGAGAGGAAGAUGGAGUGGAGAUAGAAGAAAUUGAAGAGGAGCAUGUCCUAGAGGAAGUGGCCCAACCAAUCCCUUUCCCUACAUUGGCAAGAAAGGAUAAGAAGCGCAUAGAACUUGACCCAAAAAUGGUAGAAAUGUUCAAGAAAGUGGAGGUUGUCAAGAAGGAGGUAACACGGUUACUCGAGGCGGACAUCAUCUACCCCAUUUCGAAUAGUGAAUGGGUAAGUCCCGUUCAAGUUGUGCUAAAGAAGUCUGGGGUAACCAUAAUCAAGAAUGAAAGCGGGAAGCUCAUAGCAACACGGGUGCAAAACUCUUGGCAAGAUGGUAUUUCCAUAGAUCCAGCAAAGAUUAAUGUUAUAUCUAGCUUGCCUUACCCCUCUUCCGAGAGGGAAGUCCGUUCUUUCCUUGGACAUGUAGGAUUUUAUCGAAGAUUCAUAAGGGACUUUAGUAAGGUAGCAUUGCCUCUAUCAAGAUUGUUGCAAAAGAACAUUGAAUUUGAUCUAAGCAAGGAAUGCAUGGAGGCUUUUGACAAGCUCAAAGUAGCGUUGACCCAAGCUCCCAUCGUGCGAGGGCCGGUGGAGAUAGAGCACAAGGCAUAUUGGGCCAUCAAGGAGUGCAAUCCAAGUUUGGGUGGAGCCGAAGUUGAGAGAAAGCUACAACUAGCGGAGUUGGAAUGUUUGAGGCUCGAAGCCUAUGAGAAUUCUAGACUUUACAAGGAGAAAAUGAAAGCCGUGCAUGAUAAGAACAUAAGAGGUAAAGAAUUUAGAGCCGGCGAUCUAGUCCUCCUUUACAAUUCUAGAUUGAGAUUGUUGCCUGGAAAACUAAGGUCAAAAUGGGAAGGCCCAUACCAAGUAGAGAAAGUGGAACCAUAUGGGGUCUACCAUUUGCGCCAUCCCUCAAAUCCGGAUAUCUUCAAGUUCAAUGGGCACCGUCUCAAGUUGUAUCAUGGUGAGCAAAUGAAGAGCAACAAGGAGAUUGAGGAAUUCCUUUUGGAAGAUACACCUCUUGACAAAGAGCAAUGA